AUGGCUAGUUUACGAAAAGAUUUUCUAAUAUUGGAUCCAAGUGAUCAACUAAGUAUAGUACAACAAAUAAUAAAAGAAUUAAAACAUGAUUCAACAGCAAAACAUUCAAAAGCAACCAGUGAUCAUGAAGAACAUGUUGUCCAACAUAAGAAACGUGCUAAUACAGAUGAUUAUGAGCUAAUGGAUGAUGAAAAACCAAAAUCAAUUGUCGGUUAUAUUAAUCGGUGUAAAGAUGAUGGUAAACGGGCAUCAGCCAUUAAUACACGCGAUAUAACCAAUCUACAAGAAAAAUUCAAACAUAAAAUUUAUUUUUUAUAUGAAAAUAAAUGUAAAUUGGAACAUAAAGUUGAUUUUGGUGAAUUGUUAUUAAAAAUGAAAGGUUGA